AAUUAUUUAAUCAAUUCAAUAUUUAAUCCAAUCAAAACCCACCAUAUCUUAAAAAUAAUUUAAUUAAUAGUUUGGUGAAUAGUUGACAUUAAACAUACACACCUGGCCGGCGCGUGGUAGUUUGUUGCUCUUUCAGUUUGGCGGGUCUCUUAACCUGAAAACGACGUCGUCUUCUUCCGCCAUUACAGAAAGCAUAAAAUUACUGAAAAGCCCUUGACAAAAUUAGAAAUUCUCUUCCGAUUCUUCCGCUGCAAUCGCUCCGAUUUGUCCGGAAAAAAAUCAUCCGCGAAUCGCUAUAUUCCCGCAGCCAAUGGACGGCCAAAACGACGACGCUUUGCUCCCCGGGUCGAAUUACCACUGUUACUCGGAGAAGUUCGCUUUCCGCUCCGAUUCCGACGAGGAAUCGGCCGACGGCGGCGCUAAUUUCAGCUUCGACGACGCCUCGUCGAAUCACCAGAAGGCGCCGCGGAUCUUCGACCGGUUUUACAACUCGUCGUCGUCGGAGGAGGACGAUGAGGAAGACGCCGCCAGCUCUUCCAAUCACCAGCGGCGGCUGGACUACAUGCUCCAGUUCCUCGACCGGAAGCUGUCCACUUCUUCCUCCAACAGCCAGCCGUUGCCGGAAUUCACUGGUUCUGGCGGCGGGAUCGGGGUAUUCAAACCCCCAAUUCGGGGCCCGGUCCACCCGAACCGGCCGGUUGGUCUCGAGAUAAGGCCACAUCCUUUGAGAGAAACUCAAGUGGGGCGAUUCCUUAGGAAUGUUGUUUGCGUAAGCGAUGGUGAUGGGUCACAAUUGUGGGCCGGGUCGGAAUGUGGUCUCCGGGUAUGGGAUUUGAAGAAUGAUAUUUAUGGUGGGAUUGUGGAGGGGGAAGAGGACGGAACGGUUAGAUUCCGGGAGUCGGCACAGGUGGCGGCUGCCGCCCUGUGUGUGGUGGGUGAUGGAGGAAAUAGAUUGGUGUGGAGUGGGCAUAAGGAUGGGAGGAUUAUGUGUUGGAAGAUGUUGGAUUUUUCGAACGGUCGGGGGAAUGGGGAUUCGGGUAAUGAGUUUCAGGAGUUGUUGUCUUGGCAGGCGCACCGAGGGCCUGUGCUCUCAAUGGUUGUAAGCUCUUAUGGGGAUUUAUGGUGCGGGUCUGAGGGUGGUGCGAUUAAGAUUUGGCCUUGGGAAGCUAUUGAGAAAUCACUUGCACUGACAACUGGGGAAAGGCACAUGGCGUCUUUAUCGGUAGAAAGGUCAUACAUUGACCUCAGGACCCAGAAUAGCAUCUACAGUAACAUAUUUACUUCUGAUGUCAAGUAUAUGUUAUCGGAUCAUUCUGUAGCCAAGAUGUGGACUGCCGGUUAUCAGUCAUUCGCUUUGUGGGAUGCUCGAACCCGAGAGUUAUUGAAGGUAUUUAACAUUGACGGCCAGAUUGAGAAUUUGUCACUCGAUGCUUUGGCAGAGGAUGAGAUGAGGAUGAAAUACGUAUCUAGUAAUUCAAAGGAAAAGACACAAAAUUCUUUUAAUUUCUUUCAACGUUCCCGUAACGUUAUAUUAGGAGCAGCAGAUGCUGUUCGUCGAGCUGCAGUAAAAGGAGCUUUUGGAGAUGACAGCCGGCGAGUUGAAGCACUGGUGGCAACGUCCGACGGAAUGAUUUGGAUCGGAUGCUCAAAUGGUUCACUUCUGCAGUGGGAUGGAAACGGGACCCGCUUGCAAGAUAUCCAACACCAUUCUUUUGCAGUUCAAAGCCUCUGCACAGUUGGGGCUCGAAUAUGGGUAGGUUACACGAGUGGCACUGUGCAAGUUUUGGAUCUCAACGGUGAUCUGCUUGGACAAUGGGUAGCUCAUAAUAGCCCUGUGAUUGAUUUAGCUGUUGGGGCUGGUUAUGUUUUUACCUUGGCUAAUCAUGGUGGUAUACGAGGGUGGAGCAUCACCUCUCCUGGACCACUUGAUAACAUGUUUCGUGCAGAGUUGGCUGGAAAGGAGUUUUUAUACACGAGGCUCGAGAAUCUGAAAAUCUUGGCUGGAACAUGGAAUGUUGGACAAGAAAGAGCAGCUCCGGAUUCCUUUAUAUCGUGGCUUGGCUCGGCUGCUGCAGACGUUGAUAUUAUAGUCGUUGGGUUGCAGGAGGUGGAAAUGGGUGCUGGUUUUCUCGCCGUGUCUGCUGCUAAAGAAACUAUGGGUCUUGAGGGUAGUUCUGCAGGACAAUGGUGGCUAGAUAUGAUUGCAAAAACAUUGGACGAGGGUUCUACCUUUUCAAGUGUUGGCUCCCGGCAGUUGGCAGGGCUUCUUAUCUCUGUGUGGGUUCGAAACAACAUCCAGGCCCAUGUUGGGGAUGUCGAUGUUGCAGCAGUUCCUUGUGGUUUCGGACGAGCUAUCGGAAAUAAAGGAGCUGUUGGGCUGAGGAUGAGAGUGUAUGGUAGAGUGAUGUGCUUCGUGAACUGUCAUUUUGCCGCGCACUUAGAGGCUGUUAAUCGCCGAAAUGCUGAUUUCGAUCAUGUAUAUCGAACAAUGAUUUUUAGUCGGCCGUCUAAUAAUUUGAACGUUGUGGCUGCUGGUGUUUCAUCUGCAGUUCAAAUGCUUCGUACAAAUACUAUGGGGAUCAACACCGUGGAAGGAACGCCAGAGAUUUCUGAGGCAGACAUGGUUGUGUUUCUCGGGGACUUCAAUUAUAGACUCGAUGGCAUAUCUUACGACGAAGCGAGGGAUUUCGUUUCGCAAAGAUGCUUCGACUGGCUUAGAGAAAAGGAUCAGUUGCGAGCAGAAAUGGAAGCUGGACACGUCUUCCAAGGAAUGCGGGAAGCUGUUAUCAAGUUUCCUCCAACAUACAAAUUUGAAAGGAAUCAACCUGGUUUGGCAGGGUACGAUUCUGGAGAGAAGAAACGGGUUCCUGCUUGGUGCGAUAGAAUUUUAUAUCGUGAUAGCCGUUCGACUUCAGCAUCUACAUGCAGCUUAGACUGCCCUGUGGCCGCCUCAGUAUUGCAGUACGAAGCCUGCAUGGAUGUUACCGAUAGCGACCACAAGCCCGUCCGUUGCAUAUUAAAUGUGGAGGUGGCUCGAGUCGACGAGACAGUAAGAAGACAAGAGUUUGGAGAAAUCAUUAAAUCAAACGACAAAAUCAAACGUUUGCUUAAAGAACUAACCAAAGUCCCAGAAGCAUUUGUCAGUACUAAUAACAUAAUCCUUCAGAACCAGGACACGUCCAUUUUGCGAAUCAGUAAUAAAUCCAAGAAAGACAGAGCUCUAUAUGAAAUAGUUUGUGAAGGUCUGUCUACUAUCGAGGAUGGACAAGCAACCGAUCAUCGCCCAAGAGGUUCUUUUGGCUUCCCAAUGUGGCUCGAGGUCAGCCCUGCAGCUGGAAUUAUCGAAGCAGAUCAAAUUGCCGAAAUAUCGAUCCGUGCUGACGAAUACCAAACGUUAGAAGAAUUCGUCGACGGGGUCCCACAAAACUUUUGGUGCGAAGAUUCGAGGGACAAGGAAGUAGUUCUAUUAGUGAAAGUGCAGGGGAGAUGCACAGUAGAUCCCAAAUUCCAUCGAAUACGCGUGCGCUACAGCAUUACCGGUAAACUCACACCUAUGAUCCGCAAAGACGAUAGUACCCCCACCCCAGUCCAAUCAAAUAUGCUUCACCGAUCCGAUUUUCAUCAACUAAGUGGUUCUUGUGAUUUUGUUGACCACUUGAUAAAUCUAGAUAGUCCUUGAUCGACAGAGUGUUCGAAUCUUUGUUACUGUACCGUUCUAUUGGUUGAAGAUA